UCUCGAGACCUUGUUGUGACGCCUGCCUAUAUAACGGGGCUCGUGCCACCGGGACGGCGUGUCCGCGCGCGCCCCACCCAGAUCUGCAUGGACGCUUCAUUUCCGCGUCUCCAGAGAGCGCGCGCAGGACAUCAGACUUUAACGGGAGCAUCAUUUUCCUCCUCCUCCGUAUUUACUCACCAAAAGAUCUGACAGGUUCACUGAGAGUGAUCUAGAAAGCCAGCUGUCAUGGCGAACAGAGGCCCGAGUUACGGCCUGAGCCGGGAGGUGCAGGAGAAAAUCGAUCAGAAGUACGAUCCCGAUCUGGAGGCUCGGCUGGUUGACUGGAUCGUUGCACAGUGUGGAGGAAAUCUGGAAAGACCCCAGACAGGAAAGCAGAACUUCCAGAAGUGGUUAAUGGAUGGAACGAUCCUCUGCAGGCUCAUUAACAGUCUGUACGCACGUGGUAAAGAGCCCAUUAAAAAGAUCCAGGAGACACAGAUGGCCUUUAAGCAGAUGGAGAAGAUCUCACAGUUCCUCCAGGCAGCUGAGGCGUAUGGAGUCAUCACCACCGACAUCUUUCAGACUGUAGAUUUAUGGGAAGGAAAAGACAUGGCUGCCGUCCAGAGAACUCUGAUGGCUCUGGGAAGUGUGGCGCUCACCAAGGAUGACGGACAUUACCGUGGCAACCGGGACUGGUUCCACAGGAAGUCUCAGUCUAACCGGAGGGAGUUUUCCGAAGAGCAGCUGCGCGGAGGCCAAAACCUGAUCAGCCUGCAGAUGGGCAGCAACCGCGGGGCAUCCCAGGCUGGCAUGACGGGGUACGGCAUGCACCGCCAGAUCAUGUAACUAAGAGUGGAGGUGACCUACGACCUGCAUCAGACACCCAGAAAACUUUAAUCCCUGCAGAGGAGCAACAUCUGGUUCAGUCAGUUUCAUUAAUGGAUUGAGUAGAGCACUUUUAAUACCAGUGUCCUUCAUGUAUGAUAUUCAUUAAUAACUUAUUAGCAUGAUUACGGUGUCAUUUAAUUUUUGUUUACUAUAAUAUACAUGUUUAUUACUAUCCAGAAUUGGUAUAUUUCUUAAUACGUGAAGUAUUAUUCAGUUUUGUUUGCACAGUGAUUAAAAAAUAUCCAUACAAACCUUCCUGUCAGCUUUGUACCACAUGUGAAUGCAGAGCUGGAUU